AAAUCAAUAUGACGAUUUCAAAUAUUCAUAUAUACUAGUAAUCUGUGUUUCAUUCUCUCUUUGCCACAAGCAGCGGUCUAGAUAGACCCUGCCUCUUCUCCAAAGUACAUCAUAAUUUAUCCAGAUAAUCAAUAGCUGAAAUUCAGUUUUCGAUAUGUCUGGAAAUUGGAACAACCGGGGAGGAAACAGAGGUUUCGGCGGAGGAAGUAAAUUUAAUGACAAACCGAGAUUCGCAAAUGGGGGAUCGAAAUUCGGCGGCGGGGGAGGAUUCGGGAAGAAGGAGUUUUCCGGCGGUCAAAACAUGCGUUGUCCCGAUUGGAGCUCCAUGUCACUACAACCUUUCAACAAAGAUUUUUACAAUCCUCACCCUGCCGUACUAAAUAGAUCACCCUACGAAGUGGAGGAGUACAGAAAUCAACAUGAGAUCUCCGUUACUGGAGUCAAAGUACCCAAUCCUAUCCAACAUUUUGAAGAAGCUAACUUCCCAGACUACGUGAAUCAGGGUAUUCAGACCAUGGGAUACAAGGACCCGACACCUAUUCAAGCCCAGGGCUGGCCGAUCGCCAUGUCCGGAAAGAACUUGGUCGGCAUCGCCCAAACGGGCUCUGGAAAGACGUUGGCCUACAUCUUGCCCGCUAUCGUGCACAUCAACAACCAGCCGCCGGUGCGCCGAGGCGACGGUCCCAUUGCGCUAGUGUUAGCCCCCACCAGGGAGUUGGCCCAACAAAUUCAACAAGUAGCUAACGACUUCGGAAAUGCGGCGUACGUUCGCAACACUUGCAUUUUCGGCGGAGCGCCAAAACGUGAGCAAGCACGUGACUUGGAAAGGGGCGUGGAAAUUGUUAUCGCGACUCCUGGAAGACUGAUCGAUUUCCUAGAGAAGGGAACAACUAACCUACAAAGAUGCACUUACCUCGUUCUAGAUGAAGCCGACCGCAUGUUGGACAUGGGUUUCGAACCCCAGAUCAGAAAAAUCAUUGACCAAAUUCGUCCAGACAGACAAACCCUCAUGUGGUCGGCCACAUGGCCCAAAGAAGUCAAGAAGUUGGCUGAAGAUUACCUCGGAGAAUAUGUACAAAUUAACAUUGGAUCAAUGCAGCUUUCUGCUAACCAUAACAUUCUACAGAUUGUAGAUGUUUGCCAAGAACAUGAGAAGGAAAAUAAGUUAAAUGUACUAUUGCAAGAAAUUGGACAAAGUCAAGAGCCAGGUGCCAAAACUAUCAUAUUUGUCGAAACCAAAAGGAAAGUUGAGAAUAUCACAAGAAAUAUCAGACGAUAUGGAUGGCCUGCAGUCUGUAUGCACGGAGACAAGACCCAACAAGAGAGAGAUGAUGUAUUAUAUCAGUUCAAACAGGGUAGAGCUAGCAUACUUGUUGCAACUGACGUUGCAGCCCGAGGACUAGAUGUUGAUGGUAUAAAGUAUGUCAUAAACUUCGACUAUCCCAAUUCAUCUGAAGACUACAUUCACCGUAUUGGUAGAACAGGACGCUCCAAAUCAAAAGGAACAUCAUAUGCAUUCUUUACACCAUCAAAUUCAAGACAAGCUAAAGACCUAGUGUCAGUCCUUGAGGAAGCUAAUCAGGUGGUGAACCCACAGCUGCAGACGAUGGCCAGCCGUGGCGGUGGCGGCGGUGGAUGGAACAGGAACAGAUAUGGUGGCGGCCGUGGAGGCGGCGGAUCGUUCAAACGGGGAUCUAAUUUCGGUCGGGGCAACAGUGGUAGCGCUGGACAUAAACGAUUUAACAAUGAGUAUUAAAACUAGUGAAUAAUUGAGUUAAUUUAAGUAAUCCUCAUAUUUGAUGUGUGCACGAAAUAUCUCAAGCAAGUAGAAAUUGUGAAUGGUGUUUGAACAUAUUUAUUUAAUAGCAAAUUUAUUCAUGUGUAAUUGUCUAAAUAUUUGUUGUCUCUAGAUAUUUAGAAUGAGUAUGAAUAGAUAUAUUUUUUUGCUCUGUGAUAUUUAAACGAGGAUUAACCUUUUUAAGUUACAAUGUAAUGUUUUUUUGUUUUCACUGUCCCUGACCGUAAAUUAAGAUCAUUCCAUUUUCAGUUCUUCUAUUUGAUCUAUCUGAUAAAAAAUAAACCUAUUGAACUGU